CAUCAUCCACGGGUGGGAUCACAAGUCUUUCUCCGGUUCGCAUCUCGCAUCUAUUUCUUCCUUAUUAUACUUCAAAUCCCUCUCUUCAGGGUCCCGUGCAGAUCUGGCAUGUGCACAACCCCCUUUGCACGUAACUUCAUCCCAGUUAAUUGCAAGUGAAGUCUUUCCUGCGCUUGUCGUUAAGGCACUUCUCUAUCCUGGAGCAAUUGUAAAUGGCCUUGUCACGAACUUGACAGUUCCUAGCUGGAGUAACUUGUUAGACAUCUAUAAUUUGACAACGUGAAGGAAGCCUUCGCUGUUACUGAUCUUCAACGCUUAGAGAGUGGCACAUAGCCAAGGGAGAAUUUGAGAGCCCCUCAACACCAAGAUCUUACCCAAAAAGCACUCAUAUAGUCUAUAUUCUAAAUGCUCUCUUCUAAAUGCGAAGCUGACGCCCAUUCUUUCUGAUGAUUACAUACUAUACCAUUGGAAGCUAUCACUAUCCGCACGCCAAAUAGUGAUCCAGGUAUACAAUACUAGAUGAGAGAUUUACUCGAGUUGAAAAUACUGGAAAAGUAUGUCCAACAGCCUUUCUCAAUUGGGAGACAUGAAAAACUUGUGAGCAACAACCGUGUUUGGAAGAUACAGAUGAUAAGCCACCAAGCCAAUAUGGUCAUUGUAAAUCAAUAGCUGCAUCUGUAGUAUUUUCAGUCUAUAUUAAAUGACUUGUCGUUUCAACCCAGGUUCUUGUGGGAAGCUAUUUCUCAGUGGCUGGAGCGUUUGUGGGUGCUUUGAAGCCCGAGAGGAUGAGCAUGUUGGGAAGUCUCUUGGUAAUUUGGGGUCUUGUUAAGGAAGGAAUCCUCGGAAAACCUGUGAACACAGAUCCUUCCAAAUCUGCUUAUGUUUAUCCUACAAUGGUUGUUGCCGUUAUCUGGGCUUUCUCAUUGGUUAAUUAUGAUGUGAAGAAGGCAGUUAGAAGUGCCCCUGUUCGACCCAUUGCAAAGCCACUUCAGAGCUCAUCAAAAUCUAAGCUUAAAUAUUCUUUGCAGCACUAUCAGACUUUUCCAGCUUCGGUAAAACUACAUCUGUUUUGGUUCAAUUGUAUGGAUCACAGAGAGGAGUUCCUGUAUGGUGAUCCUGUCUGGUUCCGUCUUGUCUACAAUAUUGAAACUAAUCAGUUCAAAAUGGAGCUCUGCGGCCGUCCCAACACAAAUGAGAACAACAGUCUAGCAGAAAUAGAAAAUGAAACUGGUACUUUUGAUCCAGUGGUACUAUCCAUUAAUCGUAUUCUUCAACAAGCUGUUUCAUCCGGUUCUUCAGACGGUACCAUUUACAAGGUUCCAGAACCUCUGCGCAGCAUCAAGCCAGAAGCUUAUACGCCCACUGUCAUCUCUAUCGGUCCUUUGCACUCCGGUAGAAAAGAUCUUACGGCUAAUUCACUCAAACCCAUGUACCUUCAAAACUUCCUUAAUCUCACCAAGCUCCCCACCAACACGAUUGUUGAAACAGUCAAGACUUGGGAAAAAAGAGCUCGCUAUUGUUAUGCAGAAUCCAUUGAGAUGAACAGGGAUGAAUUUGUGGAACUUCUUGUCUUUGAUGGCUGUUUUGUGGUCAUGCAUCUCAUCGGUUAUUCCUUCUUCGAACUUCGGGCCUCAGAUAUGUCGAAUUUAUGGAAAUUCUGGUAUGAACUAUUUUGUGAUCUGAUACUGCUUGAAAACCAGCUUCCCUUCUUCCUUCUCCAAUCUCUAUACGACCUCUGCGCCUCUUCUCAACCUUUGCUGAAAGGUGUGCAUUUCAUUGAACUUGUUCAUCAAUAUUUCAUUGAAUCCCACAAAGGAGGGUUGUUUUCUCUUAAAGAACAUGUACUUUUGGCUGGCAUAGGCGUCCAAGUGAAUCAUUUUGUUGAUUUAUUAAGACUGCACUUUACUCAUACGCGUUCCGAUGAAACGUCCUUCCAGCACACAUUUUGGCCACCAAAUGCCACUAAGCUUCACGAAUGCGGUGUUAUUUUCAAGAUGGGGAAGGGCAUAGCAUUUAAAGACCAAGGUGGCUGUCUACAACUGCCGCAAAUCAACAUAUAUGAUGAUUUUGAAAAGCGUGUGAGGAACCUUAUAGCUUAUGAACAAUGCCAUAUUGGCAGUGAGUUAAGGAACGAGGUGAGCAACUUUGCUGUGUUUAUGCAGUGCUUGGUCCAGACAGACCAAGACGUGAAAUUGCUGAUUGAGGGAGGGAUCAUACACAACAACUUUGGUAGUAUCAACGAGGUUACCCAAUUAUUCAACAACCUCGGUAAGCACAUUUGCCCUGGAAUUAACUCAUACAAUUUUGAUUGCAAAAGAAUGAAAGAUUAUUGCAAGCGCCCUCGCCAUCGGUGGAUUUCGUUGUUGCGACGCAACUAUUUCAGCACGCCAUGGCUCUGUGCUUCCUCCAUUGCAGCCAUCCUCCUCCUUGCACUCACUCUCAUCCAGACGAUUGUGGCUAUAGUUGACCUUUUAUUCAAAUGAGGUUCUUAAUUGGAUCCAAUUCAAAUUAUGCUUUUUUGAAUUUAGAAUUCAAACUUCUAGUUGAGAGUUUCAAAUCAAUGUUUAACUAUAUGUUCUGUUGGAUCCAUGUUUAACUAUAUGUUCAUGUUGGAUCCAUGUUUAACUAUAUGUUCAAGUUGGCUCUAUUAAAUUUAUAUUAAAU